CGCAGGUUACUGUCUCUAUCAGUGUUGCCGCUUUUGCAGCCUCCUUCCUGCUUCGCAAGCGGUUCCUUGUCCUGGAGAGGGAAAAGAAGAGCCUGUUGCAUUGGGGACUGGGGUUGCUACGGUCCUCCUGAGCAAGCAGAAAGGAGAAAAAGCUUCCCCGACUCCUCUAAAUGGCAGGGAAUUUUUGGCAGAGCUCGCACUACUUACAAUGGAUUUUGGAUAAACAAGAUCUGUUGAAGGAACGUCAAAAGGAUUUAAAAUUUUUGGCAGAAGAAGAAUAUUGGAAGCUUCAAAUAUUUUUUACAAAUGUUAUCCAGGCCUUAGGUGAACAUCUGAAACUAAGACAACAAGUUAUUGCCACAGCUACUGUCUACUUCAAGAGGUUCUAUGCCAGAUAUUCCCUAAAAAGUAUAGAUCCAGUAUUGAUGGCUCCCACAUGUGUGUUUUUGGCAUCCAAAGUAGAGGAAUUUGGUGUGGUCUCAAACACAAGGUUGAUAUCUGCUGCUACUUCUGUAUUGAAAACUAGGUUUUCGUAUGCCUUUCCAAAGGAAUUUCCUUAUAGGAUGAAUCAUAUACUAGAAUGUGAAUUUUAUCUUUUAGAAUUAAUGGACUGCUGUUUGAUAGUGUAUCACCCCUACCGACCUCUACUUCAAUAUGUGCAGGAUAUGGGCCAUGAAGAUGUGCUGCUUCCUCUUGCAUGGAGGAUAGUGAAUGACACAUAUAGAACUGAUCUUUGUCUGCUGUACCCUCCUUUCAUGAUAGCUCUAGCUUGUCUACAUGUGGCUUGUGUUGUCCAACAGAAGGAUGCUAGACAGUGGUUUGCUGAACUCUCUGUUGAUAUGGAGAAGAUUUUAGAAAUAAUCAGGGUUAUCUUGAAGCUGUACGAACAAUGGAAAAACUUUGAUGAGAGGAAAGAAAUGGCUACUAUUCUAAGUAAGAUGCCUAAACCAAAACCACCUCCAAACAGUGAAGGAGACCAAGGUCCAAAUGGAAGUCAGAAUUCUAGCUACAGCCAGUCUUAAGACAUUCCAAAGACAUUCACUGUGGACCACUUUGGAUUAAGACACUUUGGGAUCUUUUCCUGGGUGGAAGACAUGGACAGAAGGUUUCAAUAGUGUGUUUUCAGAAAGAACUUGAAGAAUGUUUCUGUCAAACAUAUUGAAAAUAUUUCCUUAGACACACACCCAUUCAAAUUUUGGCACAAACACACUUAAAAUUCUCAAUCUCCAAACAACUCAGAAGCUUUGAAAAAAGCUAGAAAAAUAACACUAUUCACUUUAGAAUGGACAGAGUUCAGUACUUGUUCUGUGAGGAUAAUGGAUGGAAGAAUUUAAGAAAAUGUGUGAAUGAAGAGCUGGGCAAAUGUAACUGUGUUUACUGCCCUAAAGCUACCUUAAGCACAGGAUGUGGCCUGAAAUGUUGUAUGUGAAAUCUUAAUUUAAUAGGUAUAUAAUGCCAGUGGAUAUUGUACCAGAUGGAGAAUGCAAUUUUUUGUAAGGCGAUAGCACCCACUAAUAUCUCCUUUUAGUAAAUGCCUGGGGAAAGACCUUGUUAUAGUCUAAGAAAGGUAUCAUGCAUUUCUCUUCUUAAUUUAAAGGAAGGUGCUCUUACCCAGUACCUAUAAUUUUUGUUAGUGGAACUUGAAGUCCAGCAUACCCAAAAAAGGGCAAUAUGUGUAACACAAAUUGUGGCUGGGGGAGGGGAGAACAUUUCGACCUUUUCCUAAUGAUUAAGUCAGAUCUUGCAAUCCAAGACAAUUAAGACAAACUAAGUCAGAUCUUGCAAUCCAAUCAAGUUAUUCUACAAGACUGAAAUCCUAAGUGAGGUCUUGCUGGUGGCUGUGUAAUGUACUAGGAGUUAAUCUGCCAUCAUUGUUACUCUGAUGUAUAACAGAAGCUAGAAGGCAGCAAGUAUUCAUGAGACUCUAGAUCUAGCUCUGCAAUACCAUAUUUAUUAAAAGUUAACUGCAAGAAGAAUUCAACUAGAUAGGAUCACUGGAUAGUUUCUUUUUAAGCAGAGGGCCAUAUCCUGUGAUCCUUACUCAGGCAAAUAUCCCACUGAAAACAGGAUUUGGUCCAAAGCCCAUGAAUUUGAGUGAUUGUGCAUAUCAUAAUAAAAUAAAUGUGUCUGAUUUUCUCCUAAAACAAAGUAAAAUAAAAAUCAUUAUUACUGGAUUUGUCUAAGUUCAUUUUUCUGCACAGAAGGUAAUGGUAAUAUGGUAUACUGGAAUGAAAACAAAGGAACGUAGGUUUGAAAAACCUUGUCACUUGGUGCUUGUUCUAAAACUUGAUUAAAAGGCAGUAAUGUCUGCCACUACUUGACCUGUCAUUGAAUUAAGUGUAACCAAAGUGUUUUUGUAUGCAAAUGCUUGGACUCUUUGCACUUAACUGUUGAAGUUAUUUUUAUAAAGUGUGUUUGGAUACUGACUCUUACAAACCACUUCUGCGAGAAGUGAUGUGUUCUGGCUUUUUCAUAAUUCCCUUUAUUCUGUUGAUACCUGUGAUCUUAUUCCACACCCUUGCUGACAUAAUUAGUUUGAAGACAUCUUGUUCUUCUAGUAUAUGAAAUUACUUCUGUCCCCUUGUGGGUUUAAACUUUAUUUGUAAUAUGAACUCGCUGGGUAGGAAUAAAAACAA